AUUGCGCCUGCGCAUUGGGCUUGGUGGUCUCUCCCGCUGUACCGUAGCACGUUUGCUGAAGAAUGGCAGCUCCCGGGAGCGUGGAGGAGAUGCGGAACCGCGUGGUUCUGGGCGAGUUCGGUGUUCGCAAUGUCCACACAACAGAUUUUCCUGGGAAUUAUUCAGGAUACAAUGAUGCUUGGGAUAAGCAAAGAUUUGAAAAGAAUUUCAAAGUAGAUAUGAUCCAUAUGGAUGAAAGCACUUUGGAAUUUGACAUGGUGGGGAUUGAUGCAGCCAUUGCUAAUGCUUUCCGAAGGAUCUUGCUUGCUGAGGUGCCAACUAUGGCUGUAGAGAAAGUCUUUGUAUACAACAACACCUCCAUUGUACAGGAUGAAAUUCUGGCUCACCGUUUGGGGCUGAUCCCUAUUUGUGCAGAUCCUCGUCUCUUUGAGUACAAGAGUGAAGAAGACGAAUGUGAUGAAAUUAACACACUGCAGUUUCAGUUGAAAAUAAAAUGCAGCAGGAAUCCUCAGGCAGCUAGGGAAUCAUCUGAUCCUAAUGAGCUCUACAUCAACCAUAAAGUUUACAGCAAACACAUGGAGUGGGUACCGCUAGGAUCUCAAGCAGACAACAUGAAUGCAAAUUUCCGACCUGUCCAUGAUGAUAUCCUCAUUGCUCAGUUACGUCCUGGCCAAGAGAUUGAUGUACUUAUGCACUGUGUAAAGGGCAUUGGUAAAGACCAUGCCAAAUUUUCUCCAGUAGCCACAGCCAGUUACCGUCUGUUGCCAGAAAUUACUUUAUUGCAACCUGUUGAAGGGGAAGCAGCUGAGCGGCUGAAAAAGUGUUUUUCUUCUGGAGUUAUUGAGAUUGAAGAAAUCAAAGGGAAGAAAGUAGCAAGAGUAGCUAAUGCUCGAUUAGAUACAUUCAGUAGAGAAAUUUUUCGUCAUGACGACUUGAAAAACCUUGUACAUUUGGCUCGGGUGCGAGAUCAUUACAUUUUCUCUGUAGAAUCAACAGGCAUCUUGCCUCCAGAUGUGCUGGUGAGCGAAGCAAUCAAGGUACUAAUGGGAAAAUGCCAGCGCUUCUUAGAGGAGCUAAAAUCCAUCCAGAAGAAAUAAGCUUAGGAACACAAAGACUCUUGUAGGGAAAUACCAUUAUCAAAAUCUCUAUGCCUGAAGAGGAAUAAUUUCAAUCAAGAUUGUAUCAGUCUGUAAGAAUAUGACUACCUUUCCAAGAGAUGUCAGAGAAUAAUAGUAGUUGCUGCAUUGUGCUAUUGUUAGUUACACAUCUUAGACAAAACUGAAAUUCAGAAGUAUAAUGCAGUGCCCUGUGUACCAUUUGUAGUCUGAUGGUGGUGGAUAAAUGUCAUCCUUUGAUAACGUUUUGCAAGCAUGCGCACAUGGAGAUUGCUAGAAUGAACUGCGCAACUGCCUGUGCUGCUCUUAGUUUCCAUUAAAGACUAUCACAGUGUUGUGGAAGUCCUACCUCUGCGUAGUGGAUCACCUAUUGCAUAGUACCUUUUCACUGAUCUGGUACGGUGUACUGUUGACUCAGUUUCAAGAUCUAGCACACAGUUGUUAUUCUGAUGCCCAUCAUUCCUACCAGUCAGCAAAAAAUACCAACUCAGUGUUUGUCUGUGCCUGAGCUGCUGCACCGUUCUCUGCUUCAAUAUCCAUGAAAACACUUGAUUCCAGCGGGAAUUUAAAUCCUGUUAACUAGCAU